AUCCGCAUGACAUGACCGGAUUUCGUCUGGGUAGCAACAAAAAGGAGAAGCUGUCUCCAGGGACAGCCAAACCUUCUGCGCUGGUCGAUGAGGUAAGCGCACCUCGAAACUUUGGAAUCAAGAACUACCUUCACCAAUUCUAUGUGACACCAACCGGUGAUGAUGUGGAGGGUGGCGGCGCGAUGGGUGGUCCGAUGAGCGGAGCAGCGUGGUACUUGCUACCACCGCCACCGGCUCAACGGAGAGGCCUCUUGGUCUGCCGAAUCUGCACAAUCAUCGGGCUGUUGUUCCUGAUCGCUGGAGCCGUUACCAUCUGUAUUGGGUAUACAUGGAGAGAGGAGAGAAACAUCGAACAGUCCAUCGAGCGUUUUGUUCUCUACCAGGACGAGAACGGUGGUCUCUAUGUGCCACGUGACAAGCUGGAAAUCAUCCUUCAAGAUCCGAUGCGUUUGUGGAAGACUGUUGGAUUUGGAAUGUUCACUCUGGGAAGUCUUCUGUUGGCAUUCUCAUUGGCAAUUCCAACUGCCGCCGCAAUGGUCGGUACCACCAGAUUCGCAGCGUUCGCCUCGCCGGAUAAUUCUCCCAACGAGCCGCCCGUUCGGGUGUUCCCUCAUUCGUCGAAUGUCGCCGGAAUGAGCAGUGGCCCAGUACCAGUGAUGGAAGAGAUUGCAAAAGUUCAGCCAUCGGAGAAAAAGUCGCCGACCACCGUUCCAACCGACUUGCUCGACCAAGAAGUGCACUGAGAAAAGGAGCGAGAUGACACGUGGCGCCGCGCAAGUUUAUUGAUUUUUUAUUGAAAAAAUCGAUAAAUCCGCCGGUUCAACGAGUUGUCAAACUUUUUUUUUCGUUUAAUCGUUUAAAUAAUCCCGCCCGUCCACAACAAAAUCGACAAAAAUCAAUAUUGUUUCUUUCAAUUUAUUCCCCAAACACGCCCACGCACACACACACACACACACAAAAGACGAGAGAGCACGAGAACCGAGAGACCCCAGAGAAAUUUCCAACAAUUUUCUUCCUCCAAGCACACACACACACACACACAUACACACACACAAACCACUUGGUGAAACAAAUGUUUUUUUAAGAAAAUUCUUUUUUAUUAAUUUUCCAAUUUUCCUUUUCCAUUUUUCUUCCGUCACUUAAAUUUGAAAUUAAUAAAAAAGCUGUGAAUUUG